AUGAAGAAAUCCAAAGCGGGACAGGCAACGCUCUUUCAGAGUUGGGGACAUUCAGCAGCUACCCAGGCACCUUCGAAUUCCUCUUCACGAAAUGCGAAUUCAAACAGGGUUUUGCAGCCUCAAAACGGAGUUUACAGCGGCUUUGAUCCAAAUAAUAUCGUAGACCUGGGAGAGGAUGAUGAUGAUGAAUUACUAGCUGCUGCGGAAGAAAUCGCACCUUUCAACGACACCGCCAAUGUUCCAGCCACCGCUCGGCAGACAAUUGCUACAAAAAACAUCUUAACGAAUCAUGACGAAGUUGAAGUCAUUCCUGGUUUCGAUCUUGAAGCUGGAAAUGUUUGGAUUUACCCUACAAAUUACCCCAUUAGGAAUUAUCAAUACGAUAUUGUACAACAGGCUCUUUAUAAGAACACUUUAGUGACUUUGCCAACUGGCUUGGGAAAAACUUUUAUUGCAGCAGUUGUGAUGUACAAUUUCUACAGGUGGUACCCUCAGGGGAAGGUGAUUUUUAUGGCACCCACAAAACCUUUGGUUGCACAGCAAAUUGAAGCUUGUUUUAAUAUCAUGGGGAUUCCACAAUCUGAUACAGCUGAGAUGACAGGUGAGGGCCACACAAAGUCGUUUCUACUAUCUGUGACAAAAUGCGUUGAGACACUUCGCCCAAAACUGGACUUUUUCACGUUUUACUAACUUCAAAAGGUGGAAAUAUAGCUUUUCCUCCCCCAUCCCCUCCUUGCAAUGUUGUGCCAAUGUGCAAGCUACCUAUAGAAAACAACAAACACCCCAACUUUGAAUGGAAGGGUCCGGGGAGGGGUGCGGAUUCUUUUGUUCUCCGAAGUACCUAUUUGAGUGCAAUGUCUCAACAAUAAUUAUUUUGUUGCUGAUUGUAUACAAGUCGUUUUGAUACAAGUCAUUUUGAUACGUUUUGAUACAAGUUUUCAAGGUGUAAAUAGUUUCACCUACUUGGCUUAAAGAAUGAAGAAUAUUCGCUCCAAAUGUUUUUCUUGUUCAUGUGCAAACUAUACUUGAAGUAACUGAAAUUUGUUGUUGUAUAUGGAAUGGCCCUGAGAAAUUAAAUCAAUUAAACUAUUUAAGAACCAGCCCUCCUAUGUCCUGGAUUCUUUAAAAGGUGAGAAUGAGUAAAAAAUAAGCCAACCUAGACCACUGUAUUUGUCCACUAAAUUUUGGAUCCUGAUUGCAUGAUAGUUCUAAAAGGUUAAGGUUGCAGUUGCAAAUAGGCCCCUCUGGUGUUUACGGUAUGUUGAGUAGGAUAGGCUUUGUUGGUAUAGUGACAAAUGUAAGCUUACAGUGUAUUUCUGUUAAGAGGAAUUGAACAGAGCUCCUUGCAUGAAGGACACUAAAAGCAUGGCAAAGAUUUAAUCAUUCUAUUUUUCUUCAUUCCUGUCAGGAAACAUGGCCCCUAAUAAACGACAAUCCCUGUGGCAGAGUCGGCGUGUUUUCUUUCUCACACCCCAAGUUUUACAGAAUGAUUUAAACCGAGGUUCUUGUAGAGCAGAAGAAGUUGUCCUCCUUGUGGCAGAUGAAGCACACAAGGCACUUGGGAACCAUGCAUACUGUCAAGUAAGAAAGAGAGUGAAAUGUUAGCUCUUCUUUCUGGUAAUGUUCAAACUUGGAAAUAAUAAAAAAGAAACCGAGUUCAUCUAAAAACUCUGUUUGUUUCAAAUUAUUUAGGUUGUUCGUGAAAUCUCUGGUUACACCAGGAAUUUUCGAGUCCUAGCUCUCAGUGCAACACCUGGAGAUGAUCUUGAGGUACUAAAUUAUGAAAGUACAUGUACAUGUACUUCCUUUCUGCAUUUAAAAAGAUUUUGUGUAUGACAACUUGCUUCUUAUUUCUGGUCGAUGCCUAGAAUAUGACUAGAUGAAAACUGACUCUUUAAGGCUCAAUAUCUCUUACAACUUUCUGGAUCUUUAACAUUCUCUAGACUACUAUCCCUCACCAAUGUGUUUAUGUAUGUAUAUGUAGGACUUCCUUUUGCAGGCCUCCCAUGUGUAGGCACCCAUGUUAGCACUCAUCAUGAAAAACCAGUCUAGAUAGUGCAAUUCUUAUGUUCCAUAUGGUUGUGGUCACCUUUUCUAAGCUGCCACACAGCUCACUAUUAAUUUUUUUUGGCUUUGUAAUUCUGGGAUAUAUUUUUCACCAUUGGCAGCAUUCUUGUAUAGACUCUUUUUUGUCAGGUUUUUUUCAAGGACCGUGUAGUGGUAGUGCCAUAUGAUGAUGUUUUAGAUAGUCUUGUUUGAUUAUGGCAUUUUGAUUGCCUGAUGAAGACCAGAAGUACACGGUCAAAACAUUGCGAUCAAUAUCAAAGUGUCUACCACAAAACAAGUUUAAACAAGCCUUACUUUGCUUUAUAACUUUUUGGGUAUCCUUUUUUUUUAUGUAGGCUGUACAGCAAGUCAUCACCAAUCUGCUGAUCUCUCACAUGGAGCUUCGUUCCGAAGAAUCACCUGAUAUUCAGCCAUAUACACACAGUCGAAAGGUGGAGAAGGUGGUUGUCUCUCUUGGAGAAGAUAUAUCUAAAAUUAAGGCUUCAUAUCUGAAGGUAUGGUUAGAGGGAUGUGCAGAUUCUUAUCUUAACCUACGUUUUGGCAUUUCUGUACCUUCAAUUCCAUUCUACUUCUUAUCAGUGAAUACUGGUACAUGAGAACCCAUUCUUUACAAAUGUUAAGUGUCCAGUGAAAGUAGCCUGCAAUCAUUCCCUCCCUGUAUCUCUAUAUACGCCUUUUGUGGUGGAAGGGCAUGAUUCAUUUGAUUACUGGUUUUGAACUCGUUUUGUACUGUGACAGCAUGCUUCAAAACGUUCCUCUUACCAAAAACUGUGUCAUUACGUUACUGCAGGUUUUGGAGGGUGUGGUGAGUCGGCUGUUUUGUCAGCGAGCUCUGUGGCAGAGAGAUCCUCAGCGAGUUACUAAGUUUCUUCUGUUGAGUGCACGAGACCAGUUCAGAAAAAGGAUGAACGAGCAAGGAGGAAUGGUGAGAAAAACUAUCUAUUUCGUUGAUACUUCUUGUGGAAAGACCCAAGAGAUGUUCAAACUUUUAAGGUUGUUUACUUGAAUGAACAUGUGUUUUUUUUUGGCAUUUUUCUUUUCGGUGUUGGAUAUGUAAUGCUUGAAGGGGAAAGAGCUGUAAGUCAGUAGCUGUUAACGUCUAGCUUUAAAUUAAAGGUUUCCUCUAGGCUGAAAGUCAGACGUUCGUCAGAUGUCUGACUUUGAGAUGACCAUGUAUCUGGCCCUUAAUUCUAUACAUGUAUACAUGGCCCUUAAUUCUAUAAUUGUAAUAUAAACUUUUAGGAGAUGAUUGCUUUUUAAAUGUUUCCUCAUCAGUACCAUUACGGUUGCAGCGCCAAGUGCACGGAAUGUGGAAGCUUCAUUUGACCACUUAUCAAGGAUAGCUUCUUUUAUAACUUUAACGUUCUUGUUUCUUUCAGGACCGUAACCAACAGAGUCGGAUUGAAGCGGACUUUGCCAUGUGCAUCAGUCUGUACCACGCCUAUGAACUCCUGCUACAGCAUGGAAUCCUGUCCUUCUUCAACUUCAUCAAGAGCAUCAUGGACGGCACAAAGGGUAUGCCACGAGCCAAAACAGAAAUCACCAAGAACUACGAAUUUUCGCAGCUCAUGGAUGAACUGCGAGAAGAAAUUGAGCCAACGAUGGAGAGCAACGCCAAUGAAAGUCUUCUGUUUUCGCAGUUUUCUCCCAGGAGACGCGCGCUCAUGAACGUGCCCAAGCCAAGCGCAACGUUUAAGAGUCAUCCCAAGUUGAUGAAACUUAAGGAAAUUGUUCUGGAGCAUUUUCAAACGUUUCAGGAUAAAAGUGGGGCUGAUUCCAAGGGUGUGACCACGCGUGUGAUGAUUUUCUCGCAGUACAGAGACAGCGUUAACGAGAUUGCGGCUUUGUUAGCUCAACACAAGCCUUUAGUGCGUGUCAUGAGUUUUAUUGGACAGCAGUCGACGGGGAAGAGUUCCAGAGGACUUUCACAGAAGGAGCAACUUCAGGUGUGGCUAGCGUCUCUUAACUUAAAGCCUAAUGAGAUUUUCCAUCAAGGUCGCUCCCUACCAAGUUGGGGAACUGACCUUGCUUGUUGGCGAAACGACUUAAUAGGGACUUUAAGAUUCAACGACGCGCACGGCAACGAGAACGUCAAAAAACAAUAGGUUUCAUAAGCGAAACAACAACUUAGCACGUGCUUCACGCUCGUUUGUUCAUUUCUUUCCCUGUGUUUGCACGACUACGACGUGAAAAUGCCUAAUUUCGCGUUUUAUAGAAUACGUACACAAGCAACGACGAAAUGUUCUUUCUCUUUCUGAUCUUGGAUAUGGUUCCUAGGAAUUUAACUCCAGGAGGUUCGCCUACAUUUGAUAAAGUAAGUGGGAAGGAAUAAUUGCUAUAAAGACUGAAAGAACGCAAAUUCACUUUUUAACCGACAUUCUCGUUGCCGUCGCGUCGCUGAAUCUUAAGUCCCUAAAACGUUGGCGGAAAGACCGUAAAUCCUUCCUCUUUCCACCUUGUUCGAGAUCUUGUUUCUCUUGUUUUAGCUCAUUGUCGAAUUUCAUUCACUGAGAAAAAUGCGAAAUGGAAAAGGAAAAGAGAGCGCCCUAACUCUCCUCCUUUCCCCCUCCUCCCCUCUACCCCUUCCGACGUUUGCCACUCAGACUUGGAGCUUCUGCAGGGCUGUAUCGACGUUUACGCAUCUACGGGGGGACAUUAUCGCGAGUGCCGAAGGCAAGAACCUUGUGGGGGGUCUGGGGGUAUCCUCCACCAGAACAUUUUCAAAUUUGGAGGCUCUAAAACGCUAUUUUCAGCACUUCUCAUGAGAUAUGCCUCCGAAAAAUCGACCUCGAAUAUGAAAAUGGCAAACAGUUGCAAGUCACUAUAAUCAAGAUAACUGAGUCUAAAGAAAACAAAUCCAUCCAAAGACUUGAUGUGUCUGGCUCAACAGGUCCGGGGGGCAGCUGCCCCCUUACGCCCCCCCCCCCCCCCCCCCCCCCCCCCCCCCCAAUACGCUGCUUCAGCUCACCUUUGGAGGAAGCUAAGUUUUAGGUAGGGCAAGCAAGUCCUGCAUAAAAUAACUAAGUUUUACUCAGUCAGCACUUGGUAUGCCAUGUUAUAUGACGGAACAAGGUAUGACAACCACCAUUACGAAAAAUGUUUCUUCGUUAGGUUGUUCAGCGGUUUCGUCAAGGCGGUUAUAAUACAUUGGUGGCCACAUGUGUUGGCGAGGAGGGUCUGGACAUUGGCGAAGUUGACCUCAUUGUUUGCUUUGACGCGCAUGCUUCUCCUAUCCGCCUGGUGCAGAGAAUGGGGCGAACAGGUCGAAAGAGAGACGGGCGAAUAGUGAUACUCGUUACUGAAGGCAAGGAGGAGCAGGUACUGAAUAGUAAUUAUUAUUUUGCUUUCUAAUUAUAGUUGAAGGAAAAUAAUGCGAAGGUCUAGCCGCGUGCAGGGCAGAAGCAGUGUCGUCUUCACUUCCUCAGUUAUAUUACGACCCUGCGACCUUCCGCUCUGCAAAAUAAAUGUAGUCUGAAAAAAGUAACCUGAAGCUGCGAUUUUAUCUUGUGGACAGACUCUCGUGUUGGGAUUUCGUACCAAAUUUGGCAUUUGCAAUUUCUCGGAGUAGUUACAAACCGGGUCUCCUUGUGGUUACGCCUCUCGCGCAAAUCUCUCGCGGCUGCGUCACUCGAGCAAACAGGGACUUUAAGAUCCAACGACGGGACGGCGACAAGAACGUCGCUUAAAAAGUGAAUUUGCGUUCUUUCAGCGAUUAUUCCUAUCCACUUACUUUGUCAAUUGUAGGCGAACCCUCCUGAAGCUGAAUUUCAAGCGACAAUAUUCAAGCUCAGAAAGAAAAAAAAUUUCGUCGUUGCUUGUUUACGUCCUCCAUAAAACGCGAAAUGAGGCAUUUUCACGUCGUAGUCGUGCAAAAACGGGAAAGAAAUGUACAAAAAAGUGUGAUGCACGUGCGAAGUUGUUGUGUUGCUAAUUAAACCUGUUGUUUUUUGGACGUUCUUGUUGUCGUCCGUGUCGUUGGAUCUUAAAGUCCCUAACCUCUCGCGGCUACACCACGCGCGCAAAACUCUUGCGACUCUACCACUCUCCCAACACUCCUUUACAAGAGAGCCUGCUAGCAGACUGCUGAGAGUCUUGCUGAGAAUUGUUUUGUUGGUUACAGGUUUAUCAGAAGAGUCAAAGAAGUAAAAAGUCAAUUCACAAAGCUGUGAAACAGGCUGCCAAGUCGUUUGAUCUUUACACGGAUAACCCUCGCAUGGUUCCUAGGCAGCUUGUGCCUACAGUGCUAAAAAUGGAGAUGACGGUUGGAAAAUUUCAAGCUCAGAGGUUUGUUACAUCUCCCCAUGACGAGAUUCCGCUAAUUUUUCAUUUAUUCGCUCUUGGCAGCUCUUCACGUCUAUAAUCUAAACCAAACGCCAUGUUAAACAGGGCAUUUUUCUUCCAAGUUAUCGCGCAAUUCGUUUGUGUCGAUGCGUUGGAAGAUGCAGGAGACGUUGCUUAACAAACCCUUAAUUAAAUAAAUAUGUAUCGCGAUUCUGUUACUUCAGUGGAUUUUUAUUUAUUAAUUAGAUGGCUAGUAAGUCAACUAUUUUUUUCUAUCAAUUAGAAGAUUUGAACUAAGUUGUAGACAAUUCUGUUGCUUGCAGCAAAGGCAAAAAGAAGGGGCGGUCUUCCGACGGAGCUGACAUCAAAAGCUUUGCUACUAAAUCGGCGACAACAACUACAAAGAAAACCGAUGGCUUCUUGACGUACGAAGAGCUAGUUUACUGGCAGGAACAUUUUAAACUUCCAGAUCACGAGGCAGGUCUGUCACCUCAACUGUCAGUCACAAAGAGGUCAAGACGCUCGUUAUCAGAAGCGAAGAAACCUGUCACGCAACCUUCACUAGUAGAGUGGCUUCCCUGGCAAACAACGUUACAACCUGUUAAGGCUGUCACACAUUCUCGCCGCACGCAACAUUUAGUAGAGCUCUUAGAGUUUACGGAGCUUCAUGGCGGUCACGGGCCAGACGGCGAUGAAAGCUACGAUCUGGAAAUGUUAUCUUUUUUGAACGAGGAUGACGUUUUGAAACCUGGGCAAACAGAUUGCGCUGUUGCUGAGGUUCGUGUUGCUGAUGACGAUGGUGGUUGCCAGGAGAACGAGGUCACAAGGAAAAAUGUUAAGAAAGCAAAGAAGACUCGAAAGAAAUUGCAAAUGGAGGGUGAGGCUGAUACCGGAGAUGGCGGCCAAGACUUAAGUAAGGAACAUGGGGUUGGUGGAGGGAAGAGGAAUGUUAAAGGAGCAAAGAGGCGAUCGCCCGAGAAUAGAGCGCGUUGGAAGGAGUUCCUGAAACGGUUUGAUAACAAAGACGAAGAUUUCGAAUCUGAUGGAACAAGUGCAUGCGCAGGACCAAACGAAGACUUGUCAGUGGAAGAUGAAUUACGAAACCCGGAUGAUGCAGUACAGGAUAGUGACCUACCUGACGUAGGAGAUCUCCAUGAACAAACCGACAAAACUUCAGAGGCCGAGGCUGAUAAAAUAAUGUUACGAAAAGGCUGCAAUGAAGCUAACGACGAACCAGUGAUGCUGAAGGGAGCCGGACGUGCUCACGAGUCUGAGGACGGCUGUGUUUCUGAUACUGCUUCUGAUGAACUGUCCAAUCUUCUACCCACUGCAACGCCUGAUUUUCAUGGUUUUAAUGAGGGUUUUAAGCUCCAUCGGACACGUUUUGUCUCCGCAAUGGACCCAGUCCCCACUCCUCCUUCUUUAGAUGCUUUAGAUAAGAUAAGCCUAUCGCCUUCAAGUGUAGAACUUGACGAGUUUCCAAUAAAACCCGACGAGGAAUCUCAGAAAUCGUGUAGAAAUAAUCUAGGUGGAAACGUAGACAAGUUGUCUUCUUCGGAAAAGGCUUUGUCGGCUAUGUCACCUAAAGCUUGCUUUGGGGGUGACUCACUGAUAGAACCGUUUUUGAUGGGUGAUUUUCUAGAGGAUGAUGACACCAAAGCUGGCAAAGAGCUUAAUAAAGAAAGCGUGUUAAUAAAUACUUGCCUAGAGAAAGAAGGUCGAAUUGCCGAAAUAUGCACUGUCGCUACAUCUGAGACCUUUGUGAGUGAAGCUGAUCAAGAAGUGAUCAAAAAUCAAGGGAAUCGCUCAUAUAAUAGUUUGAGUUCUGCGCACAAUGUUGAUAGCUCUGUAUUUAACCAAUGUGAGGUUCAGACCUUAUGUGAUGUUCCUAGUGGAAUGGAUAAUAACGUGCCUGGAAUUUCAAAGAGUGGAGAUGAGGACUCGAAAGUUGUGUGUCCUAACCAUGACGCAGAGAGUGGUUUUGAAUUUGGUGUGUGGUGUGGCAGUCCAAUGAACGAGUUUAAUGAGCAUGUGGAUGAAAAUUGUUUUCCUCAAGAUAAUCCAGGCUUUGCUGAGGCUUUUUUCAUGGACGAAACCGAUGACGACGCCUUCACUGAUUUGACUUUGCCUGAAGACGUUACCACUGAAAACAGUCAAAAGAAACCUGAUUGCGAACAAGAGUUAAUCACAAGAGAUGAGUCAAAUAGUUUACUAUGUGAGUCGAAAACCUUGGAUGAACGUAAAACUAAAACUGAGUUCCAAAGUUCCAAAGUUCUUGACAAAGAGAUAAAAGUAAAGCCUUCUGCGAAUUCUAAAGCUUCAGCUGGAACUGAUCUGCAGGCGUCCAUUAGCAAGCUAAGUGCUUUUCAGCGAAGCUCUGCAGAUAGAAAAUAUUCGUCGAAGUUAGUCAGUGACUCUUCCGAAGCCACAGGGUCUGAAUUAAGUAUGAAGAAUAAAGACGGCCAAAAGAUUAAGGAUUGUCUUGAUGAAGGGGCUUUACCAGUAGAUGUCGGACAAACUUUUCCUGAAGUCAUCUCUAGAGGCGAGCACUCCAGUGCUACUGCUAGUGAUACAGGAGUGCUGGAUGACCGUAGGAACUUGGUAGCAGCUCCACCUGUUUCGUCAACACUUCCACUCAAACAAACGUCAAACAAAUUCAAAUUAAAGGCCAAUCGUUUUACAGAAACCCCUCUGGUUGGGCUGCCUUCUCGGGUAAAAGGCCAAGAAAUGCCCAAGAAAGAAGGGAAUAUAACUGUAGUGCCAACUAGUGGAAUGGUGACGAAUGGAAACAUUGAUACUGGUAUCAGGAUUGGUCACGAUGCUGUUGGCAGUGCUAGUAGUAGUACUAGUACCAAUGCUGCUGGUACUACUGCUAGCAAUAUUAACAACGAUGAAAAAGAUAAUGUAGAUAAUGUUUGUAGAUCGCCGCUGCCUAAAAAGCUUAAACUGAGCAGAAACCGUACUUCGCCUAAAGACAAAGGGAUCCAGGCAAAGAAAUCGGAGGGUCCACAAGCCAAGCCCAUGAAUUUUGGAUCGACGAGCUCGUUGAAAAUGAAUUCCAAGGAAGAACUCCGUGUUGUGAAGUUACAAGGGACUUCAAUAAAUUGUUCAUCAAGGCCAAAUGAACCCAUGAACUCGGAAACGGUGGCAAGAGAGCCCUCUUCCACAGACAUGGUUUGUGACGUAUCGUUAGCCAAGGACUGUGCAGCCAAUCUGUCGAAUUUACGAACUCAUAACGGCACUGUUGUAGCGGUUAUGGAAAGCGAAGAUGAAAAUGACAAAGAGGACGACGAAGAAGAUGUUAUUCGUCCCGUUAGGAAAACCAUUUCACUAAGAAGGCAGGCUUUAUCAAGUCCGUGCUCCCAGGAAGGCUUUAAAAGGCCGGCUGAUAAGCAAUGCGAGAAUCAACCUCAUAGUUUGUCAUCUCGCAUUGGUCGAUUGGGGUCAGAGAGUGACGAGGAAUUUGAAGUUGACAAAUCAGGUCAGUGUAGUCUACAGUGAUAGUGAUACGUCCGCAGUCCAUUGUUUGAGGCUUAACGGGGCCAUGUCACCAGGAUAUGGUUGUUUUAGGUACUGUUUAAGAAACGAGCAGGAGUGUAUUACCAGGUUCAAGAACUCGGACGGAAGCCGAGAGUUUUUAAACCUGAUGAUACACGACUGCGAGUUUUUUGAACGGCUUCAAAAUCUCUGACAUAGAUCAGCUCAUUCUUGCACUAAUAUUUCGAUUUGGGUUAUUUUGGUCAAAAAAAAUGUACGAAAAGUUUAGCCGUAUCCUUAUCAGAUAUCAAGACAAUCAUUAAAUAUUAAUUCCUUUUGUUUUUUUUUUCUUUAUGAAUUAUUAACGAAUUUUUGAGGUCAAUUCUGUGCUGAAGUUAUUACUUAGUACCUUUCAUACCCGAAAAGACGCUGGGAAGGAAUCAGAGGCUUGAUGUUCUAGAUACUUCGAGCAACAACAAUUAGCCGUGUAUCUCUUUGAAUUGAAAUCAUUAGGCCAUUUCCACGAUGACGACAUUUGACUACAACCCCCGGGAUUCAUUUCAUUUUUGCUUUCUUACUUAAAUUUAUCAAUCCCGCUGCUCCGCUGAGGAUUAAAACCAAAAGCCUUAACUUGAUUUUUGUAGAUAGAAAAAAAAACAGACUGAAGGAUUCUGGUAUCUGUAAUGCAAUGACGUCAUCAUGCAAUUGUCCUAUACUGUGCAUACUGGGUGAAAAAGUUUUGUUCUCCUACCCUGUUGUUGACUCAAAAGGAUUCUAGUUCCUUUGGUUUGCCUUGAAAUUUCCCAUGGUGGCAAAAAGUUAGAGAAUAGUGCUACACCAGGCUUUGUGCUGCCUAAUAGGCUCUUAUAUUAAAGUGGCCGCAAUUAAUUCAGGCUAAUUGUGUAUGAGCGUGAAAAUGAUAACCAGUUUAAGCACAGUCAUUAAGUCUAAUUUUCAUAACCAGAACGAAUCCGGCCUGAAUCAUCCAGAGCUUGCCCAAGCAAACCUGGAAAGGAGAAAAGAAAAUCUUUUGGGAUUGGUGGUAAACACGGCACACGGAAGUCUGUCGAUUCAUUAAGAAAGGUUAGUAGAUUAUUGCCACUACUGUCAUUUCUUAACCAGUUGCGUACCCGAUCGGUAGUUUUUCAUGUUUGCUUCUAAGUAGAUGCAUCAUGGCUAAAUUUCGUGGACUUUCCAUUGUUCCACAAAACUAAAUUCUGGACUCAAACUCAAGCCUAACCCAGGGCAGUGUCACGGCAGUCCAGUUCAUUUUGUCAAUCACUCACCCUCAAUCGCUAUGGAACUUAAAGUAAGCAAAGAAAUUACUGGUAAAUGACAAAAUCAGAGAUCCGAGACAAACAAAUAUGUCUCCUGAGCAUUAUUUUUGAAGUUGCAAGCAGCAGGGAUCAACUUUGAAAAACUGUUAGGCUGAACAGUUUUCAAAAACCCUAAUUUCAAUCCGUUUCAAUCUUCUUCAGUUUUGCCCAUCCGUGGCAUCUGUUGUUUCUGUUAUGUUAUUUUAACCUUCCUUUAAAGUUUUCGGCGGUUAUUUUUAUGUUUCUGUUAAUUAAACGGGCAUUUUGUAAUUUCCUAAUUUGGCUGAAUUUCGUGACACAGCUCUUUUAAGCAGCGACGUUUUCGAGUGACUCUUGCCAACCUGAAGUGGACUUCUUGAAUUCUUUGGCAUUGGUUCUGCCCAAAUUCUCCGGCGAUUUGUCUCCAUUAGAGUAAAGGCACUCAGCGAUACAAAUUUAGUAGCGUCAAGGCAUGUUAAAAGGGAAAAAGCCUCACUUCCGUUUGACUUGCGUGGCUCAAAAACGCUUUUGCGGUCUCUAUACAGUGUGGAGAAUGUGCCUGUUGAUAUUUCAGUUCUCAAAUCUGAAUGUUGCUUUGUUACCUCAAGAAACAUUUUGGUAGAUCAAACAUGAUACCAUUAUGUAGGUGUCAACAUUUUCGGGUAACACGGUUACCCUCUGACCUUAUGGAUUUUGCAAUCUUGCCCGCUCAGCUACGUAAAGCAGUGUCUCGUCAGUUAUGAUGUAAUGUGACUUUUAAAGGGGCCAUGUCACGAGGAUAUUGCUUUCUUGAUUAAAUUAUUUUCUGAAGUCAUUACUUAGUACCUUCCUGUAGCGUUAUGAUUAAGAUCUCAAACAAAUUUCACCAGAGAGCACAAACCAUUUUUUUUGGGGGGGUGAUUUUUGCAGGCAGAGCAUUAAAAGUGGGCCAAAUUUUUUCAUGUUCCACGUCUAUUUUUUCCAUCCAUAACAACAGACGACUGGAAACAGUUUCAAUGCCUAAAUAUAGUCUAAAGUAAUAAAACUGGGCCAUUAUUUUUGGAAUUAUGCGGAGACACGUUUUAGCUUUUCAAAAAGAUAGCAAAUCGCGUGGCAUAGCACCUUUAUGUAGCCAGUGGAAGAACACGCUGUUGGGGAAAAUUCCUAGCUAUGUAGAAAAAAGGCCCUAAGUGGUUCAAGUAUUAUUGCAGUGACAAUUUUAGUUGUUAUCUUCCCAGAAAAACAAAAGUAAGCCUCGGAGAAACCAUUUCCUCGACGACGAAGCAGAGCUGUCCGGCAGCGAUAUCAAUGAUUUCUCUUCCGACGAAGAAGAGGAGGAAAACGGGGAGGAACAGGAUAGCUUUAUAGACGACUCCACUCAAAUGACACAGAGAACACCUUCUGCUGCAAGACCACGCCAUGCCAGCUCACCCAUGGACAUGAUGGCGGUUUAUAGACAGUCUCUUCGGAGCCCACUUUGCAGUUCACUGAACUUUAAAACACCUUUGUUUCAUAAACAGCGAAACAGGUACAAAAUGGUGUAUAAAGCAGUUGAUGAGGGCAGUGAAUCUCCGUCUGAAGCAGAGGAGACUUACGGGUCAGAGAGCGUGUUUGAGAACGAGGUUGAGGAUGAGGACGAAAUAGAUGGAUAUCGACAUGACAGUUUGCACGAAAACGAAGUCACGCGUUGGCCCCAAAGUGAAGGCGAUUCUCGCGUGGACAAAUCCUUUGAAGAAAGUCAAAUUGGACGACCAGUUAAGAGUAUGAAGAGAAAGCGAAUUUUGGAUGAUACCCUUGAAGAGGAAGUUUCGCCGAAGUUAAGCAAACAGAGCAAAAUGCCAGGAACGCACGACAAAGAGAACACUGUUGAACUGGGACCUCCACUGAGACCUCCACCACCACCACAGCGUCAAACUAAUGCGUUUGGAAACUUCCCAGCUAAAUCCAAGAUUACUGGAAAUAAACUUAACAACGACUUUGUCAAGUCUACUGACGUUUUAGCCGACAAAAGAAAUUUCCAUGACAACCACACGUCCCUACAGCGGUCAGCAAGUAACAAAGAGAGUAUGCGCAAUACGGGUUCUUUCGUUAGUGAGUGGAACAAUGAUAUUAGUGACAGUGAAUUGCUCAAUGCCCUUGAAAGUGAAGGAGAAAACUCUUCAAUAAAGUAAGUGAGCGAAAUAAAUUUAUUUGAACUCGUUGAAUUUCUGAAAACGUUUCUGCUCUUUUUUCUUGUUCUCUGCCAUUAUUUGUGCUUAUUUUCUUGUCCAAUCCAGGGCUGCAAAUAGUUCUUUUUUUCUGUAAGGCCAUCUGCUUGGCCACAUAACUAUUUCAGCUGCACAAAUCAGAAAUGUUUUUGGUCACAGAUUUUGUUGACUUUUAAUUUCCUUAAUUACUUUAUAGAUCUUCAGUAAUUUUCAGUGUGGAGCUAUUUUGGUAUGAGUAAGCACUGAGGGAGGUUUGCGCUCGUCUUGUAAACUUUGUCUGCAACGAUUUGGUCGGUAAACAUUUCGCGUUGAUCAGCUCAUCUUUGGACCAAGAGGAUAAGCGCAGACUGGCAAAAAUGAAGAAGUUAAAAAGGGAUUGCAUUCGGGUAAUCUUGAAAAACGUCGGUCCAAGUUUAUCUAUCUUAAUGUACGAGUGGAGAAUAAUUUACAUCUGUUUGUGGCCUUUUUUUGAAAUCUAUUUUACCUUCCAGGAAAACACCAGGAAUCAACAUUUUCCAAUAUCAAGACAUGAAAGAAAUCGCGGUGGCUAUGGAAAUGACAGAUGACGACGUUGUAAUGGAACUAAAGGACCUUCCAACGUUCUCACUCGGUUUUGACUUUUUGUCGGAGACUUUUCUCACGGACAAUGCGAGUACUGGAGACUGGAAUUCUUCAAAAAUCAAUUCAGUGACUCUGACAGGACGGAAGAGUGAAAACUGUAAGAAUACCAUAAAGUACAGUUUUUCUAAUGAAUUCAGCAACGAAAGGAACACAUCCACGGUUUCAAAUAGGACGUUAAGCUCAUCCAACAAAGACGACGGUAUUUCUCGGAAAGCGGAAAAGUUUACAAAGAUAGUUCAGAGUUCUAAACAUUCCCUGGAAAGUUCUCAUCAAGUACCGGAUAAUAACUCAGAAACAGAAAACAAGACAAGUGCUAAGCCUGUUUUAAGCAAGGUUUCUCAAUCAACAAGAGUUGCUCCUCAGAAUGUUGUAAAACCAAUUAUGCCGAACAGUAGUUCUCUUACUUCAAAUGAUAGACCUGGUUCCAAGAAUCUGUCGACCAUGGAUACCCAUAACGAUCAGCGGUCUGUUUCUGAAGCGCAUGCGAAGUUGCAGGUGGUAACACCCUCAUGUCGUCCCACUCCUCUGGGUACCAGGCCUGCGAAUAGUCCUCUUCUCACGGUAAGUCUGAAGCCAGCAGAAUAAUUACGUAAGAAGAGACGACAUCAUGUGUCUGAUAUGAAUUUUCAAUUGUUCGAUGAUUCCUGUUCUAGCCUGCUUCAUAAAUGGCCCGUAAUUCAAAGCGAAUGUUAACAAAAAUGUAGUGUGAUUUGCUUAUUCCGAUCCGAUGUCCAAACCUCGUUCAAGUUAGAGAUUUCGUUUGUUCUCUUCGUUGACUAUUUGGAGCAAGGAGGCGAACGUGGAUGGGUAUACCGGAGGUUUGCGCCUAGAAUAGGCUGGAAAUGAAAGCGUAUGAUUUAUGAGCGCUUUCGAUGGCCUUGCAUAGACUGUUUAAGGCGAUGCGGAAACGCUGAAAUUAUAAAAAAAAGUGGGGGCCGUGUUGGGCUUUUUUUGUUAGAAUCUCAUUCAUUUGACGACGCAGGGAAAACAAAACAAAUAAGGAGGACAACGAGAACCGUAGGAAUUAGGAGGAGGAUUCUAACAGUAGAGAAGGUGGUGAUGAAGGGAAAACGACAACAACAGCAAGAAAAUGCGAUGGUGAUUGCGGUGGAGGAAAACCAAAAAAUACUUUAAAUUACCUUUCUUGUGACGUCGUCGACUCAUCGACGUUUAUGUGUUUCUUUUCAAGUAAGUAAGAUUCCACCUAAAAAAAGGCCUAAUCCAUUCUUACUAUACUACUAACUCUUGCGUGAAGGGUAGCUAUCUAUAUGUUUUCGUUAAAGUUUACAAAGAUUAAAAGUUGUGGAUAUUGCCUUAUUUUAUUGUAAUAAGUGUUUUUUUAUUCUAGUCAUCGGACAAAGGCAAAGAAAAAACAAUAAUCUUGGUCGAUACUCGCGAAAUCUCAAGUUCUCAGGUGAGUUCUUAUCUAACCAUAUUGUUUCUUUCCCUUGCCAUGUUUAAGUAACAAAUUCUUUUGGGGGUUUUCUUUAGAAAAGUGAAAAUCGCUUUGCACCACUUUCAGUCGCUUUGAAAAAUGAACGAAUCUGAUUAUUUUGAAGUUACAAUUUGGCUUUCAAAAAACGCUAACGCCAAUUUGCAGAAAAAACACACUCAACCAGUCAAGCGCGGAUAAUUCUGCCUCUUGUUCGAUGAGGAGCGUGUAAGUUUUCAAACAAAAGAAAUUUGAGAAUUUUACGUGAACCAGUUAGUCUUUAAUAACUCUAUAGAAUGUUGCAAGUUUGAUGUCAAUAAUUUUCAGUUUGAUGUUUACUGAUACAAUCAUUGCUAUCCUUUCCUCUCAGGUAGUUUCCUUAUUACGGUUAAAGCAUAACAUGAAGGCGGAAGUGUGUCAGCUGACCGGUUGUGACUACAUUGUCAGUAACAGAAUGGCUGUUAAGAGGAAAACAGCUUCCGGUAAUUUGUUUGUUGUCUCUACGUUCUGUGAAAACCACUUGAGAAGAGUAACGGCUCAGAGACUUCGUGAAACGUUGCGAAAAAAUUUGUGCAAAAAAAACUUGGUGAAACCUAAGCGCAGGGCGCGUCUUAUCUUUUCCAGAGGCAAUCAGCUAUUUUUUUUUGUCUGGGCGGCAUGGAGUGCUUCCUACUCGAAAACGUUGUUAUUUCAGCCUUCUAAAUUUACAGUGAAGUCUCCUUAAUAUGGCCACCAGAGACAUGGCCAAGUGUCUGCAUUAUAGGGGUGUUCGUAUUAUAAGGGUUGGAAUUGUAUAAAUUUUGGUAUCCAGAUUUGCCAAUCCUUGCUCCUUUACUCGUGACAUUGGGUCAGUGUUGUGUCGAUUUCCACUUUGUUUUUCUUAUGGAUGACGAAUUUUGACCCAUCUCUCCGCGCAAAAAAAUGCCCAAAAAAAUGUUUGGCAUUAUCUUCUAGUUUGGCAUAAAGUCGACUCCCUUAGAAUAGUCUUUGAUUCGCUUUUAGAUGUGGCAAAUGGAGCCAACAGUCCCAAGCUGGUAGAGUGCAUGCGCAGAAUGUGUGAUCUGUACGACAGGCCGUGCUUAAUCAUCGAGAAAGAUCGUGUGAGGCCAGGAGAAACAGAGAAAAAAUUGUGAGUAUAUCGUUGAUAUGAUGUCACUUAACGAUGCGUGAAGUGGCUUCAAUGACCUUCAAAGGUUAGUUCCUGGUCUUACGUGAUACGAAUAUGUGUUAAUAAACUUUCGCUUUUUUUAUUUUCAGUAUCAAGACCAAAGCUUAUAUGUUUACUCUGGCAUGCAUCGCUCAGACUCAUGUGAAGAUUCUGUUUAGUGACUCCCACGGUAUGAAGCCUAUGGCUAGAAACAAAAUUUGGGAAUAUACCAAAGUUUUAUGUAAUGUUUUGGGUGGUUCUGUUUGGCUGCCAGCGUUGUUUUUCGUGCAAGUUGUCGCGCAAAAAUGUGGCGCUAAAAGUGUGUGUUUUUAUUGAUCCCUUCACGUGUACUAGGUUCGCACGGAACUAUUUUUACGUUGUUGGUUGCUGAAAAUGGUAGUAUACUCAUAAAACAAGCUCAACGUUCAACGCAGCGCUUUUGCAUGAAAAGAUGCACGAACAAUGGACACUUAUUAAUUGUGUGUCCAGGAAGCCGCCAAUUCAUUUCUGUCCUCGGGCACGAUAUGCAAAGCCUUUCUAAGUUAAGACUUUCACGGGUAUCGUAAGUAUUGUUUCUAAUCAGUCUUAACAAUGUGCUAUUGUUAGAGAUCAAUUCUUUUGGGCCUGUUUACAUGGACGUAGGGGAACCCAGAUAGGUGAGGUAACAUAUGGUGGGUCACCCCACCUAUCAUAUAAACGUGAUCAAAUUAAAAUGAGAGAUUAUAUGGACAGGCGGGUUACCUCAGGCCCUUUGUAUUAGAGCUGAUCCAAAAGGUUUUCGUACCGGAGACGGUUGAUUUUAUUUAGGAUAUUUCUUAACUUAGAAGGGUUUUGUGCUCUAGCCUGGUUUGUACCUCCGGAAUUGGCAAAUUUUAGCUCACCAUUACGUGUCACGCCCGGUUAAUUUAGGUAGCGUUUGUGAUCGCAAAAGUGCCAUUUCCUGGUUUAUCCAUAGCAUAAUUUGAACCGAACCAACGCUAUAAACAUAACUAUUCCAGCCUACUCUGGGACUCAUUUCAGACAGUGGGUCCAAAUCAACCCUAGAAAAGUGAACCAUAUGGACGCUAAUAAAGACAACCAAAUUAGGCCCCUUAUUGUGUACUGCGUUUAUUUUGCAAACCGAAACAGCCCUAUGUUCUGCAUUUUUCUAAUCUUCGAAUUACAAUGUGCAAGAGGUGAGGAGAGCGCAUGAGAUCUGAACGAGAGAUGGACUGUAACUGAACCCUGUUUUCGAGUUACUAAAGGCGCAGAGAAAGUCAACUGUGAACAUUAUUCGAAUUGAUCGAAACAAACAAUGAUUUAAAAAUCGUUUUUUUUCUACAGAGCAAACAGCAACACUCUUAGCGGAACUAGCCGCCAUUGAGACCAAAAAGGGAACCACUAUUACAGCACCCACCUCUCUCAGCAAAGAACGUGAACAGGUACAAAUGAGUCUCCUCCAAUUACCGACCUUCUUUGCGAUUGUUUAAUUUUUGUGGUAUUGCACCAUUUUAACAAGUGCUCGCUUUGGUGAACAGGUACAAAUGAGUCUCCUUUAAUUACCGACCUUCUUUACGAUUGUUUAAUUUUUGUGGUAUUGCACCAUUUUAACAAGUGCUCGCUUUAGUAACUUCAAAGUCUUGAUGCGAUUCUGUUGUGAGCGACGAACGUCAACCGGAAGUGAGGGUUUUUCUCUUUUAAUAUGUCCUAAGGCUACCAAAUUUGUAUGACUAAAUGUCGUUAGGCCGAUACACACGAGGGUUUUUGCUCCCGGAGCAUGCUCCAGUCUCAUUUUGCAUGUGUCAGUACACACGAGGGAGCGUUUUCAAGUUCCCUCAAUUUGCUCCCCGAGCUUGCUCCCAAAUAUUUAACCGGUUAAAUAUCGUGGAGCAUUUUGCGGGGUGGAAAUUCUGCUCCCGAGGAAGAAGUAUACCCAUGAAAUCGUUGGUACACACGGAGGAGCUUUGCUCCCAGAGCGUGCCCCUGGAGCAUGCUCGGGGAGCAAAAUCCCUAAUGUGUAUCGACCUACGAUUUGCCCAAUAUUAUUUUCAAAAUAACGGCCGAAGAUUUCAAAAAGUUCACUUCCGGUUGACGUGCAUGGCUUGAAAACGUCGUUGCUUAAACUCCCUUAUUUUUUUUGAUGGUAGAGGGGGUCAGAAAAAUGAUUACGCCUGUUUUCAUGAUUUAUGAAGCGCAACUUCAUUUGUACUUUUUAUAUAUGAUUUUUUUUCUUUUUCAGGUUUUCCGUGUUGUUCUCAGUUUUCCGCAUGUGAGUUAUAUCACAGCUCUCAACAUGUGUUCCUCUUUCAAAACGCUCCAUGAAAUCAUCAACAGGUAAGGUUAUUUCAACCCGCGUUGGUCUUCUGGCUCAUAACGCAGAGAAAAACUUUCUCGAAGAAUUUACAUGAAAAUAGCGUUUAGUUCCCAGAGGAGAGAAAUGCUUUGGUUCUUGACCGCCAACAUGGCCGGCGUGACGUCACGUGCUAACCAGCAUAUUCCAUCAUUUGUUUAUACAAAAAAGAUUGUUUGAAGUUCACUGAGUUCACUUUUGUUGCGUGAAGCUUAUAAAAAAUGACAGAAGACCUGAAUGAUGUCGUAGCUCGAAAUGGGCGCUGUUACACAAGGUUAAGUUUUUAAGUCAACUUUCCAAGAGGUUCAAGCAUAACAAAAGUUCAAGCUUAAAAGAAUUUGAUCGUUGUGUUUUUGUUUGCCCUUAUUUUGCUGACUGAUUGGACAAACCACUUCUUUUUCACGUGUGAAAAACAUCGUUCAUUCCUCUGAUUGCCUAAAACUCGUUUGUGUAUGUAAUAAAAUAAUAACAACCAGGCUUAACAUACUAGAGCGAUAAUUCGAAGUAUACAUUUUGAAUUUGCAGUACUGCGGCUGAGUUGGAGAGUAGAACUCCCAGCCUGUCCAGGCCCCGUGCUGCAGAGAUCUAUAAAUACCUUCGACACAAGUUUAACCCUGAAAUGGUAGCCUCCAAGAAAUAAAUCGAUGAAGAAAAGGAGCCACGCGGUUUGCGACUUGUUCAUAUCGUUGUUUUUGUUGGGUUUUUGUGAAAAUGAAAGGUGUACAUGUGUUCAUGUGAAUUCAGAAAUAAUAAUGAUAAUAGCAAUAAUGAAUUUUCUAAAUAAUAGAAAUGUAUUAAUAAUUAAGUAUGUGAAUUAAAGAGACGUAUUGUGAUCUGGUGACUGCAUUUUCUUGAUGCUUAAUUUUAGAUAGUCGUUGUUACUAAAAUACCUUGAGAGGUGUACUUGACUACAAUCCUUCCUUUUUCCUGUGCAAAUUACCGUCAGCGUUCUUUGAUUUAUUCAAGAAUUGUGGACGAAAUGAAUCCAGGGAGUUUUGGUCAUAUAACGCUAUUACCCCGUAAAAUGGCUUUGCGCACAUAAAUUACAGAUGUCAUUAGAGAUGAAAUUUUGAACGAGACGCACGGCGACGGCUCGACAUCCGAUGGAAAUGAUUUUUGAAUUAUUCAUACUUGAUCCUCCUUAUUGGUCUCUCGAUCUUCAAAAUGGGUGCCACACAAGUGCAAGAGUAUGUUUAAUCUAGCUUUCCACCUUUUGAUUUGUGUUUCAAGCACCAAAUCUUUUUUUCGGGUUUGAAGUUUCGUAGAAGCUUUUUUUUCCCAGAGGCGACUUUACAUAGGCUACCCAGGUGGCGUUCUCCGGCCGAGAGAGUCUGGAAACGUACGAUUCAAAAUGGCGGCGAUCGCUGGCGAUUACUGGCGUUUACAACUCAUUUUAGAACUUUAGAAUCAUUUUUUCCUUUAAAUUUUAACCGUGAAAUUGAAAAUGAUGGCUGGAAAUUUUUUCCUCCUGUUCGUUUUCAACGUUUUGUUCUCUUUCCACAACGCUUUUGGCAGAGACAUGUGGCGGUAAGUCGUUUUAUUUGUCCAACGAUACAAAAAGUGGACCAGGACCUUCGCUCGAUUUGUUGUUAAAGUGAAUCUGCGUAUAAAAGUAUAUGCUGCAUCAUUUUACUUAAAGAUACAGGAGUCAAGAAGGCGAUGGAACAUUGUUUUCUACACAAAAUUCCGUAAGAUUUGCAUUUCUGUUAACUUACAGUUAAUGUGAGGUUGUCAUUUAAUUAACUCAGUAUAAAUAAUGUCGAGCUUGUUCAACUAUUUCAUGCAACCUUGUCUUGUUAUGAAAACCACCCAUCAACUGCACCUUCAAAAUAACCCGAAGUCCUUAUUUUCCACUGUGAUUUGCGGUGCUGUCAGCUCUUUUCAGACAAUCCAGGAGACUCCAGAUUUUGGACAGUUAUCUCCCAGUCUCCAGAUUAGAGUGUGACAUCUUCCAGAUAAUUGCUGAAGUUUGCCAUUUCUUCAACUUUUGGCAAUACAAUUUCAACUAUUUUGCUUUGUUUGAGUUAUUUUAAUGUUAACAUCAAAUGUUUUCGCACUACCUCCAGUAUGCCAUUGUAACUGGUGUCAUGUGAUUGGUGGGAAGUAAACCAAUCAGGACAAAUGUGACAAUGCCAACAACAUCUUUUUUGCGCGUGUUGUGUCAUUGCAAAUUUGUGAUGAUCGGAACUUUAACAGGUUUUUUUUGCACAAAUGACAUUAUGUGCUAUGCGAAACGACAUCAUCUAUCAUCCCUUCCCUAUCAAUUCUCAAUAUUUGAAGAUGUGGGGGGUUGACAGCCCUGUAUUUGAGCUGGUGGUAAGCUAUCUUUUGGCAGCUAAAAUAUGCUGUUAGUUACAUCCCUGUGAAAUAUACUGUGGAAAUAAUUUUGAUCUUUCCGAAUCUAUACAUGUCUUAAACUCUUACUGACUUCUUGCUCGCAUCAUUCACAAAGAAGUACUUGACCUUCAACUGUUACCUCUUGUAGGAUAUCUUGUGUUGUAAAAUGUUGAAGUUACAGCACUUUUACUUACACCUGUACACAUGCGAUUAAACCGUCUAUGUCUAUGAGUGAUCUAAUGAAACUAACAAGAAUGUCCUGUGUUAGUCCAACUAACAAGUUUAUAUCAUCCGACCAUGUCUUCACAGAUAGUUUUGGAGCAUGUAGGAGUGAAUGAGAAUGUGGAGUGGUGUUAUCCAAAUGUCUGUUCUCUCAAGAAUAAGAGGCAAGUUUAUCAUCAAUUUUUCAGUCUUGUAUAAAGUGCCUUGUAGUGUGAUAUGACUUGGUAUUUCUCUUUUCUCAUAGCUUCACCAAUGCGAUCUUACAUUGUUCAAAGCCAGGAUUUCACCCUGUUGCUUCCAUCAUGAAUGACUCAGAUGUCCGGGUUGGUGUUGUUGAUGCUUCUCUGUUACAUAUAUUGUAUCUCUACAACAUAUUUUCUAUUUCAAAAGAGUGGUAUUUUUUUGUCGUAGAGUGUCACAAGUUUUAAAGAUUAUCCCUAAAGACAGCAGAAAAACUUACUGAAAGAUGUUUCAUUGAUGACUUUGGUUUCUCCUUAUUCAGUGAAUCUCUUUGAGACCCAUUUUCCUAAAAGUUUCAUCAAAGUUUGUUUCCCAGAACAGAGAACUCUUGCAGAGUGGUUUUAGCCUAAGAAUUCCAUCAACUUAGAUUUUGAUCAUGAUUUAACUUUCUAAUCCAAACUACUUUUUGUAUAAGCACUGUCAAAAUUGAUCAUUUAAAAUGCCAGGAAGGCCUGUAUGUCCUUUAUAAAAUUUUCUACCAUUUAAGUCAGUAAACUCUCUGUUUGCUAUUCUUUCAGAAUGUAAGGUACAUUCAAGUUGUCCACAGCCCAUUUUACUAUGAAUGGUACCUUGCUUAUGACCAGGAACUGAGAAAGUAAGCUAUCUGACAGCCAUUUAUGAAAGAAAGUAUAGUAAUUAACACCUUUUAACACAGUUGUGUGCAUGAGUAUUUUGCUCUUAAGGUUUCACUUUGUUUUUGACUAUCCCUUUUUACUUCAAGUUAAUUUUUGCACUUACAAUAGCAACUACACUAAGUUGUGUAUAAGUGCUCACUGCCAAAACUAGACAUGCCAAUCCCCAAAAGGCAAAAAAUGUGAGCUAGCCUAGAGCUGGGAAAAGUAGUGAGAAAUAGGCAAAAAGUUGUGAGAUGUCGUGAAUUUCUGAGUGGAAGGACUUCUACCAGGGAUUUAAUGGGUCUUGAUAGUCACUUAUCACUUAAAAGCUGCAGCUGUAAACAUCUCGAUCAAUUUUACAAUUUAGGUUCUGUAAUUUGUAUGUUUUAUUGGUGGCCACCUUGAAACAAGAGAAAAAACUUAGUCUGGAAAUUAAUAAUGGUGGCAGUGGGAAGUCGUGAUUUAGCUGUAAAAUUAAAAAGUUGGGGCAGUUGUUAUGAUAGUGAUAGCACGCUGUUUUAACUGAAGGACACAUUCACAUGUGAUGUUUUCAGUUCAAAGCCAUGUAUGUACUGGGCUUUGAAGGGUUUAGCAUAUGAUUUUAGUGAAUAGCUAGCUUAAAUUUCAACCACCUCCUCCCCUCCCUGCGUGACUCAGUAAGCAGGGGAGGUGGCUGAAAUUCAGGCUAGUGAAUAGCACUCAGAGUAGCAUUGUCAAUGACAUUUACUGUGUAAAAUUUACCAGUCAAAGUCUUGAGGACUUCAGGUUAUGGAUUAUGGAUCCAAAGCAUGUGUCUGAAUCUGAAAGGAACAGCACUGCUUCUUUCCCAUCUCAGGUAGGUUUUCUAUCAGAUCAGUAGAUGUAUUUUUGUGAAAAUCUGUCACACUGUCUUAAUCAACCUUUGAAAAGGUGGAUGGUGAAAUUUAGAUCCACCAAAAACAAAUAAAAUCUACAAUAAGCUUCUCCUGAACCACAAUGUGCCUGCUGUUGAUCCCAUGCUAAGCAACAACCAAAGUGGUUUCAGCAAAGGGCGGUUUACAAUUUCCCACAUGCUAUCUCUGCGCCAUGUAAUAGAAAAAAUGAAGAGGCUGAAUAAGGAGUUCACAAUCUGCUUUGUAUACUUUUAGCUAAGGAGAUGAAAUCCCUUCUUAUCUGUAAAGUGAACCCUGUGGGGUGCUCUUUGCUAUCUGUGGCUCAUAAUUUGUUCUCUUAUUUUUGUUUUGUUUUGCAGUUUUCAAAAGAACUGACUGGUGUUUUUGUUCAAAUGGGACAAAGCCCCGUUUUAAAAGUGAAAGUGGGCCACAGAUUUGUUAGCUGGGAUGAGUGGAAGAUCUUCAAUAAAUCCUAUAUCACAAAUGAAGGGUGAGAGACUACACAGGACAUUUCGCAUUAAUAAAUUAUAGACCACAAUCAUCAAUAUUGUUUUAUCCUAUUUUUCACCGCCACACCAAUAAGGUAAUGUCAUGUGUGGAUGAAAUGGAUGAAAUGCUAGUGGUACCUUUUGAAUGAAACUUUAUUCAGCAAACCCUUUGAGUUGGGCUCUUUAUUUUGUUAGGAGUUUACAAAAAAGAAAUGUGAACUUUUAUGAAGUUUUUCUUUAGCCACCAUUAGUAGUGAAAGGUGGUUUAAUUUUGUUUAGAAUCAUGUGCUUUUUAGUUGUUUAUCUGUCAGUACAGCUUUACAUGGCCACACUCUCUCCUUCCUGGUUGGUAACAAUUUGGAAGGCUCUCUAAAUCUUGUUGUUGGCAGUAAAUAACUGCUGAAAGGGCUUGAAAUGUUUUGCCCCUCCCUUCCCUCUCAAUCCCAGACAUGCUGCUGUGGUCUUAAGCCCUGUGCAAAUGGACACAACCUUGUUGGAUGUUUGCACACCCUGUUGCAUGUUGUUGUGUGUUGUUGGGAGUUGUUGCCCAAAGUUUGGAACUGGUCAGCCUUUUAGCUAUCUGCAAAUGUUGGGAGUUGUUGGCCAACAAUGUUGUGUCUGUUUGCACUGGGCUUUAAACUUGCAGCAAAUCUUGAUUUGUCAUCUUUGCAUUAGUUUUGAUUUUUUCGGAUACAACAGAUGAUCCUGUCCUCAUUGUUCUGAUUUGAAGAUUUUCUUUAAAUAGCUCUGCAUGUCAUGUUGAUAUUUUAUAGGAAUACUUCCAGUAAACAUAGAGUUGAUAUAAAUUAGUAUUUAUCCUUGAUGCUGCCUUUUGGGGUAAAAAGGGGAGCAAAAAAUUGUGAAUUUAAGAGAUCAGAACAACUUUGAAUUUGAAAAAAUAAUCCAUACCCUCACAAGCAGUGUAGUGCACUUCCAUGGUAAUAAUAAUUAUUGCAGUAGAAUUCAUGCCAUGGGUAAGGUAUGUGAUGUGCAUCUGUCCAUAUUGUGUGAUAGUGGUUUCCAUCUAUAGAUCACUUGACAUGCUUUUUUGUUUCCCCUAGCUACUGGCAAUUUUCUGUUACCAGCGUACCUAAUCACCAGCUGACUGUGUGGAUAGAUGGGCAAUCAGUUGCCCUCCACGAUCAGUUUAUCAGGUGUGAGCAUGCAACAUUUUGGUAUGAGUUCAAUUCAUUUGAUUUACUGGUUAACAAAAAUUUUUCGCUUGCCAGAAGUAGUGUAUAAGUUAUUUGUUUUGUUUUUCAGGAAAAGCUCAUUUCACUUAUUGAAAAUAAAGUUUCCUUACUUGUUUACCAAUCAACUAGAGCAGGUACAGAUACUGUGUUAAAAACCCUGCUAAAUAUGUUAUUUACUCUAUUUUGUUGUGUUAGCUGACUGAGGUUUGAUAUUGCCACCUUUUAUACUGGAACUUCGUUACAUUCUCUUGAACACCCCUUCAAAAAGGAAAUGAGUGGGCCAGGAGACAUUUUUGCAUAGGGACUUUCAUAUUAUAUUCCACACUUAACUCAUGAAUUUAAAUUAUAAUACUCAUGACUCAGUAAUUAACCUAUUCUUCCCUGAACCUUCUGGCAAAAACCCAGAGCAAAUGGGUUAAGGGCUGUGUACCCUGCUACGCCAUAAUGUGGUUGAGCAUAAAUGUGUGUUUGGCAUCAGUUAACCAAAAAAGAGUUGCAGAUCAAGGAUAUUAAAAUGUUGUGGAAGGAACGUGCAGGCCUAAAUUAUGCCAAUGAGAUUAUCUUUUUAGUGUAAAUAAAAGCUGUUAUCGCGACACUUAUUUUUCAGGUGGUGUUGAAAGGUACUUAUCCAAAACAGAGUGUAAUUUUUCAGGUAUAAGAAUUAAAUUAUUGAUUUAAUUUCCUUAAAAUGAAAUAUUUUAUGACAUAAAAUACAAUGCCUUUUGUAACAGGUAACCCUGUUAACAGCUGUCAUUUUCAACGUUGUCUUCUUUCCUGGAAUAUAAUACCAAGAUGUUAGCAAUCUCUGUUUGACUCAAUGAUUUUUAACCAACAUUUUGUAGAGAUAACAAAUUAAGCUGAGCCACUGACCUCUACAAGUUUGACUGAAUAAUUUUUACCCAACUUGGACCAAGGAGCAAGCAUAGCACAGUUGGUUAGUGUGUGCCCUUCGGUGCGAGAGGUCCCAAUUUAGAUCCCCGGUGACAUCACAUCCUUGUUUCAACUUCUCUUCUUUCUGUGUUAAGCUUUAACUAGUUUUUAAAUACCCUUAACAUGGAGCAUUGAUGGAGGGAGGGGGUAAAAUGAGCGCACCGCCGACCUUAAAUUUUCAGUUGAAUUACUGUCACGAGUUAUUGACAUAAAAUAUGGUUACAUUACCUAAAUUUUUUAUUACUUUUACUGUUUUUUUUCUGGUGCAAAAUUGACUCAUAAAAUUGCCUUUCUCUAAUAGGAUCCUUGUGCUUCCCAUGUUGCAGUUCUCAUAAGGUAGCUAUUAUGCUGCUUUUCAUUGAUGUCUAGCAUGGUACAUGGUUAAUUAAAUAUAUUGAUAUAAGAUAAUGUGUUUAUGCCAGUUGAGGGUACCUCACAACUAAACAUAUCAAAGAAUGAUCCCAAAUUUUAAGGAAAAUGAAAGGCUUGCGUACUCUAUGUUGAAGCAUACAAACAAAAAGUGAGUUUUGAAAAACUGUGUUUAUGCUGUUGAUUUUGUUUUAAAUUAAACUUGUUAAAGUGCGGUAAAUAUUUAUAGCCUAUUUCAGAACUUCGAUUAUUAUAACAAUAUGAUCUUGUACAUACUUUUUGCCUAGCAAAUUUCAAUGUUCUUUUUAGCUCAAUCUCUGUGUUAACUCAAGACAAUUUUGCAAGUGCUCAACAGCUGAAAAUGCCCUCAAACUUGCUUAUGGUAAGCAUUUAUAAAAGAUCUGAAUUGAUUAAAUUUACUUUAUAAAAGGUUGUCAAUCUGUAUAAUGUUUGAACUCCAUAUUGCUGAAAUUACAUGACAUUAACUUAGAGAUAUCAGAGCUGACAUGUAGGGCUGGGGAAUAAGAUUCCCCACCCUCCCUCCCAGAGUUGAAUGUGCAGGUGCUGGUACAUUUAAGGGUGCUUUCCAUUGGGAUGAUCUGGAUCAGGAUCAGUGAUCUAAGAUCACCCAGAUCAUUUUACAUCAAAUGAGCCAAUGAAUCUUUUCCCAAGCUAGGGUGGAUUCAUCAUGCCAGUUCCUUUAAGGAACCAUCUGAUACAAGAUCAUCCCAAUGGAAUGCACCCUAAAGGUGUUAGGAUCAGGGUUCAUGGGGUUCAAGUUGCAGAAUCUUUGGUCACACCUACACACCUGUAAAUGAAACACUCUGAAAUAUUUUCCUGGGCCCAGUUGUUCAAACAUUGGAUAGCUCUAUCCACUGGAUAAAUCACUAUCCAUUGGAUGAGUAUAAGGGAAACCAAUUGUGCUAUCCAUUGGAUAGAGAUUUAUCCAGUGGAUAGCGUUAUCCACCUUUUGAACAACUGGGGCCUGGUUCUUAGAAGAAUAAGCCUCAGCUACCCUAUUAGAAAAACAAUACAGUGACUAAAGUUCAUAUUACUAAUUUACUCUUUUACUUCCCCAAGCUACUACAAUCCUGCCUGAUAUCUUAAACUGUUAACAAAACAUGUUUGCAACCUUUUCCUCCUUAGCAAUCUGAAGCAUUUGUGAAGUCUGUGGUAUUUUCUGCAUCAAACCUCGUUGUCCUCUUGGAAUCAGGCAGGGUCUUUGUGUUUAAUGGAACAACACAAACUUGGGGAAAUCCAUCUGGUGAGUUCUGUUAACUGGUGCUUGUAAGCUUAUUAAGACUCUCCUAAGAAAUAAAAUUUGUAACGAUUGCUGUUGAUGAAACAAUUGACUGUCUUGGAGAUUAAACUGACGAUCACAUUGUCAUUGCGAUAAACUUUGACAAUACAAGUUGCACAAUGAAGACAAAGAAAUCUGCAAAAAGUGUGCUGCACGUUCAGUCUUUUCGUUUUCCUUAUAAAAGCUCUUGUUUUUUAUAUUAUUAUUUUCUUGUUUCCAUCGAUCAUCAAUGUCAUAGCAGCUCAAGCUCACUUAUAGCAUUAUCUUAAAAAACAAUUCUUGAAAUGCGACAAUUUGAUUGAAAACGCGCAACAAAAGUGACGUCCUCGGGUACCCAUUGAGAGUCUUCUUAUUGAAAGACAGUUUUUCCCCUUCCACUUUUAAACUUUUGAGGCUGUGGAUGCCCCGAAUCCCCUGGUGUUGCCGUUCAAAUAAAACCUUUUCGUAGUCAGUCUCACUGUGCGUUUUGUAAUCCUUUACAAACAAGUUCUGUGUUUCGAGUGCAUGGAUGAAAUCCUGUAGUGUGACCAUUCAAAUGAAAUCUCAUCUUACGUAUGGUUACAUUCGCUUGGUACUAUCAAUUAGCUGUAUAAACAGAUUCUGAAUUCUUGAGUCUGUAAACAAAAUCUUGUUAGUGUGACCAUUGCUUGGUAUCAUCAGUUUAGCUUUGGGUAAAUGCUUUAUAUUGCCAUGCAACGUAAUUACUUUUACUAUUUCAUCUCUGCGCAGGUUUACCUCAGAGGGGCCUCAAUGGAGUGGCAUCACAGAAAAAAUGCUUGGAAGAUUCAAAGAACGUGGUAACACAAUUCUUGUUGUUUUUAAGCGUAGAAGUAACAAACAAAAUGGUAAUUAGUUUUCUCUUAUUUUACAGAUUAUGACUGGUGUUGUUUUAGGGUGGACAAAUGAG